AUGCUUAGAGAUGGAAUAACUUCAAAUGAGUUUAUUUAAACUAGUGUUUUGAAAUAGCCUCUAAAUCCAUAAUCUGAAAUAAAAAAUCUCUAAGAUAUUCAAUCUUAUGAAGCUGAUCAUGAUUUUAAGUAUAUUUGAAAACCAAUAAAUAGGAUUCCUCAAAAAAUAUAUCUUGAAAGUGUAGUUCCAGAUGUUUAUCAAUCCGAGCAGGUUACUCAACAAUCUAGCCAUCUCUUAAAACUACCAUAUUUUAUGGAAAAUCAAUUAGAAGUAAAUAAUUUUUUUGAUAAAGGCUAAGAAAUUUUAGAGACUAUUCCAAAUCCUUAAUUUGGAGUAGUUUAGAUUUGUUAUUCUAAACAAUACUGCUGAUGAGGUUGUUUCUUUAUUAUCUAAUAAAAAAUUUGGAUUAGAAUAUGUUAUUGAAUAUUUUUUAAAGAAGAUGGCAUACCUUAUAAUGAUUGAAAUAUUAGGAAAAUUAAAUUCAUAAAAAAGCCAGUUUACAACUAGUUAAGAAGAAUGGGAUAAUUUUUAAAAGCUUGAAAAGAAAACAGAUUUAAUAAAAAAUAUAAAUUCAUAAAUUUAAGAGAAUAUAAAUAGACUAAAAAAUUUAAAUGAAUAAUGUUAUAAAGAUUUGGCUUAAAAUUAAUUAUUUAAUGAAAAUAUAAGAAAUUCAGUUAAACAAGAUAAACAUUUCUUAUAAGGCAAUAAAGCACCAGAAACUAAUAUUUUUGGAUGUACUUCAAAUGAAUUUUUAAAAAGCGGAUAUAGAAAUAUUACUUAAUAUUUAUACAAUUAUUUAGUUUCAAAAUGUUAAUUUGAUGAAAUGAGAACGAAAUAAUUCAGUCUUAUAUUAAAGACUGUCUUAUGUCAUUUAAUUAAUCGCAUAUUUGACUAUGAUUACAUUAAUACUCAAUUUAAAAACAUUAAAUCUGAAAAAAACAAUGAUAUAACUCCAGAAACAAUUUAUAAAUUUAUUGAAUCUAAAGAGAAUGAUGAAUAAAAAAUAUAAGAGAUACAAUAUUUAGUGAAUAAAUAUUUUUAAAAUUAAACAAAUAAUUGA